UUAAAAACACAAAUUCUGACUGCACUAACUGGAACAGUAAAUUCCCAGUAUAUUGACUCAAUCAGAGAUGUAGUCUAUCUGGCAUAUAUACACUCAAAUACACUAGGCAGCAGUGAAGAAACAAGGGACGAAUUUGAAAAAGUUGCAUCUGUUUUCAUAAAACGUAUAAUGACAGUGCAAGAGAAUAUAAAAGUUAGCCUGUAUUAUAUUAAAAAUAAAAGGUUGCAGAGUAUUUUGAAUCUCACAACAGAGCAUCUCGUUCUGAUAACUUCAGAGAUAAUCAGUAAGUCAAGAACAAUAACAGACAAAACCUGUGUUGCAGAUGUACAAAGACUUGAAAUUCUCAUUCAGGAAUGGGGUGCAAAAGCUAAUUAUAUCCUUACACAUCUUCAAGCAAUAAAAGAGAUAAACAAGGAAACUACAAACCUAAUCAGUCAAGACUUGUGUAGCAAGUCUAAAGUGGAAACUCAUUUUAAAUAUGCAAAUAUGCAGCAGCAGUCCGAGGCCAAAAUUACACGUGCAGAGCAACACAACAAUCUGAAGCUGGACCAAAAAAAGUCUACAUUGCCAGUAGACCACACUGCUGAAGAGAUUGAAUCUAAAAAGGCCUACUGCUCGUCACACAGCAUGCAAUCCCUUGCUGAAGCUGCCCUUUUUCUGAAAAGCACAACAGAAACCUGGGAAGAAGAAAACAAUCACAUUGUCCUAAUCAUUAAAGAUAUGAGCAACCAGAUGUACCACAUGACCCAGUUCUUGAAAAAGAAAGGACCUCUGAAGAACAAGGCAGAGCUAACCAUCUCAGCAAAACAGAUUGCUCAAUGUGGUGAAGCAAUUGGAAAAUUUACAUCCAUUAUAGCAGAUCACUCCCUUGACAGACACUGUGCAAAAGAAUUACAAGCUAUUGCAGACCAGAUUUACAAUACAGCCAAUCAACUAAAUAUCAUAUCCAGGUAUGAUAUUUCUCCAAUGAAAAUGGCCAAAAAUAUUAUUAAAUUUCAGUUUACACAAAUCAUAUUUGUAAGGUGCCCAAGUGUGCUUUGUGAGUAUACUCACUUUUGAUCUGACAGCCUCCCGCUUUUUACAAUCUCUUAAUGGAAAAUGGAUUGGCAAACCAUAUUUACUUGAGACACCAAAUGAAAAACUACUAAGCUUAUAGAAAUAAAAC